AUGAAACCAGGAUUGGUUGGAUAUUAUCCAUUUGAUAAUAAUCUCAAUGAUAAGAGUUCAAAUCUUAAUAUUGGUUCUUCAACUGGAACAGUUAAUUUUGCUCCAAGUACACUAUCAUCAAAUUUUGGAUGGUCAUUUGGAGGAUAUUCAUUCAAAGCAUUCCAAGUACCAUAUUCUGUAAGAAUGGAUCCAACAAUAGUCGCUGAUAUUGAAAAGCCAGUUGUUUAUCGAUUCAAAUUCACUCAAUCAAAUGCUGAUAGAUUCUAUUAUACAACCGAUAGUUCAUUCACUUCAAGUGGUUGGGUGUAUGAUGGUGUUGCUUUCCUAGUAUAUGGAUCAAAUAUUAGAAUUACUUCUGCCAUACCAGUUUACAGACAUUCAAUAUCAUUUGGAUCAGGAUUAGUUUAUCGAUAUUCAACUGAUCCAAAUAUUGGAAGUUGGACAAAUGAAGGUAUUGCUUGGUAUACAACAAGUGAUUCAACACCAGUUCCCAUUGUUUAA